CUAAAAGCUUCUUCUGUGAGAGGAAACGAGAGGAAAAACGCAGAAAAAAAGAAACAGAGGAAAUCCCCCGAAAGGAAAUGCCAAUCGCAGCCGCUGGACAGCCAACGACUCAGGAGCCUCGAGUUUGCCCCCGGCUGCCCUCCACCCCGGAGCCUGUCCCUAAAGGGGCUGAUUUAUUCGACGAGGCGGGGGCGGCGGAGUCGGCGGAGCGGACAGAGUACGGGGGCGCGGAGGGGGGCAGAGGACUCGGGGGCUAUAGUUACAGCCAGAGCGGCGCUAGGGGCUUUGUACAGCCCGGAUCCACCAACGGCAGUCCGCCACAGUCCCCAGCCGCGUCCUCCUCUUUUCUCUUCCAUCCACUGCACCCCCACCCCCACCAAAUGGCCAUGGAGCCCCCGAGGACUCGAUCGCGAUCUCGGUCUGGAUAUUACCAGCAGUACGGUGGUGGGAAUGGCAAUGGGAUUACUGGCAGCGGAGUCAUGGGAUCUAACCAUCACCACCACCACCACCAUCAGCAGCAACUGCAUCCACAGCAGCAGCACGGUGCCGGUUGCGCACCACUUGGAGCUCACAGCAACCACCCGGAGAACCAGCCGAGAGCACCAGGAAGUAACGCCUCCUCCGGCAUUCAGAGGCUGUCCUCGGUUCCCGGAGCGCACCGCAUCCCGGCGGCAGGAGCCUCUGGUGGGUCCUACCACUGCCACCCAGAUCAUGCAUACGGAGAGGAAAGUGAUAAGAGUGAGGAAAGCCCCAGUCCAAAGCGCCAGAGGCUGUCCAGUCAGUCUGUCUUGGAACAACUAACCUCAUCCGCCCCCCCACCAUCCACUCCAUCUCCCCCCAUCCGCCCCUGGGAGUCAGGACCCCCAAGUCGGAGACAGCCUCACCCCCACACACACUACCACCAGGAGAGAUGCCUCACUCCUGCUCGGCACAGACGCAGCCCUCCAGCAAGGCGUCAGCGUGGCCGACUCUCCAGACCCACCCGACACCUGCCUCCCCAUCACCACCCCUCCACCCAAGGCCCCACACCUCGCCUGUCGCCAUCGGAGCACCAGGAUGAAAAUUUCCACCACAACCCCCAUCCCUCCACACACCAGACAUACCCAACACACACUCCCAGCGCCUACGGUCAGCCUCCCACAGCCGGAGGAGGGGGGGGCGGUUUGGAGGAGCCCCGAGCCUUCCACCCUCCCACCUUGUCGCCACGACUACUGCACCCGGCUGCCCACCACCACCACCCACAUCAUCAUCAUCAUCACCAUCAUCAUCAUCAGCAACAGCAUCAUGCAACGCAACAGCAGCAAGGAGCCAUGGUCAUGGACUUACAUGAGCAGCUGCAGCAGGCCAGUGUACCCGUCUCCUACACAGUGACCCCAGUUCCUCCACACGGUCUCGCAGCACCUUUGUGUAGCGGCCAGCACCUUCCCCCUACCUGUUCCUCACAACAACAAGUCCCCGCUUGCAGCGUGGUCUUCAGCACUGGACAACACUACCACCCGAUGCUGCAGGCAUGCUCAAUGCAACAUUUGCCGGUGCCCUAUGCCUUCCCCUCACUGCUAUCCAGUGACCCUCAGUUCCUGCUUCCACAUCCACCCCACCUCUCUCACCACCCGCCCCACCUCCCCACACCCGGACAGUUCCUGCCUUUCCAGACGCAGCAGCCCCGAUCGCCCUUACAGAGGAUCGAAAAUGAGGUCGAGCUUCUGGGAGACCAGCUUUCUGUAGGUGGAGGCUUCAGCUACGCCCACCAUCACCACCACCACCAUCACCACCAGCCGCCCUCCACCCUGCCGCCCUCCACUCCACUCCAGUUCCUCUCGCACCAUGACCCCCUGUCGCAGGAGCUCUUUACAGUGCCCUAUCCCCACUUUAUGCCUCGACGGUUCACAAGCCGGCGUUACCGCUCUCAGCAGACUGUACCCCCGUCACCCUACCACCCCAGCUUCCUGCCUUACUUCCUGUCAAUGCUUCCUGUGCCCCCAAAUGUGGCCCCCACUAUCAAUCUAGAGCUGGAUGUGGACGACGGAGAGGUGGAGAACUAUGAGGCCCUGCUGAACCUCGCAGAACGUCUCGGAGAGGCUAAGCCCCGUGGUCUAACUAAGGCGGAUAUAGAGCAGCUUCCAUCAUACAGAUUCAACUCCAACAACCAUCAGUCUGAGCAAACACUGUGUGUGGUGUGUAUGUGUGACUUUGAGUCUCGCCAGCUCCUAAGGGUCUUGCCGUGUAAUCACGAGUUCCACGCCAAAUGUGUAGACAAGUGGCUAAAGGCUAACCGAACCUGUCCUAUCUGUCGAGCCGAUGCCUCUGAGGUCCAGCGGGAUUCUGAGUGACCUCAUAUCGCCACCCACAAUCCCUUACUCCCCUUUUGAAUGCACCAACCAAUCAGUGAACUUCUCUCCUUAUGACAUACACCUCAGUUCACACAUUCUGCUACAUAACUGGGACCAGUGCUCCUUUUUCUUUCACUCCCUAUCCCCUGGGACACUGAACAGUAAUUCUCACCUGGGAUCAGCAACUUUCUACUGACUCGUGCUCACCUUAACGCUGGACUUCCUGGGCCUUCUGUUUUGGACUAUUACACCCCCACUACUCUGCCUUCUGCUUUUGGUUACCCCUUACUAUGAAUGGCCUUUGAAACACAUACACACAGUGUCAUGUGCAGGUGGACAUAUAUAUAUGUGUAUUUUUCUAAACUCGUUAUGAGCCCUGGAAAGAAAGAAAGACAUUCUUUUGAAAACAUCUGUAUAGUUGUACUAACAUUUAGGGAGAAUUGGCAGUCCAAAGAUUAUGAUAAAUCCCAUUGUUGUUAUUCUGGUUAUGAUUAAGCAUUCACAUCUUGGCUUGCAGAGACUGUCAUUUUUUUUACUAAACUUAUUAUAAUUGCAGUUGAACAGUAUCAGUCCAUUUUUUAUUUCUUAAUGUGUAUUCUUGCAUUCCUCAGCGUGAGAGCAGUCUGUUUGGGACGAAACAAAGAUACUGUACACUGUAUAUCAAAGAAUGAGCAACUUUGGAACAGUGAAAAAUAGACUUUAUUUUCUCUAUACGCGCGUUUGUGUGCAAGUGUGUGCAAGUAUGUGUUCUUGCGCUCGUGUGUGGGUGUGUAUGUGUGUGUGUGACUCCUGUGGUAUUUAUACAGUUCAUGUGGUACAGUGCAUUGACUUCCUUAAUCCUGUAUUUUCCACUCAGACUUAGACUCACUGGAAGCUGAGGGUAACUUCAGCAGUAACUUUAUAGCCAAGAUUUGUUUAAAAAUCAAACUUUAAAAUCAAAGUUUAGGAGCAGGAACACCUCGAGGGAAGUUAACAAUGCUUUUGUGUCAUGUUUCUUUUUAUUUUCUAAGCCACAGAUCAUUAACACACUCUUUGAUUCCGUCACUCCAUGUCUGUCCGUCUGAGUCACUUAUGCCUCAAAAGAAGGCAUUUGAGAACCAUUUUUGUAAUACAGUACGUCCUAACUUAAAAGAAACAGAUUGGGACUAUUUUUCUUUCUUUUUUUGACAUUUCCACUAGGGCACAUUAUGUGAAUAUAGUCAAACUUACAGAGCUGACAAGGUGGAUGCAAAAUAUUCAUUAAAAAUGUCACCAAAACAUUAAAACAUGCUCAGUUUACUAGCUUUCUUCCAGGGAUGAGGCCUUUGAAAACAUGUGUCUAUAUCUGUCUUUGUAACCAAACAGCUUUUUGUCACUGUUGGUAGAUAUAGAUGUAAUGCUUUCUCCAUUACUGACAGGGAACAAGUUUGAAGAGACUUAAAAGGUCACAGCUAAAUCUACUGUUUCACCAGAUGGUGGAUGUGACACUUCAGCACUUUAAUAUGUAGAUAUCUAGACCUACACGCUCUUGUCAUUCAGAAAAAAACACUGAUCAGUUUUCCCACAGUCCCUUUGUACGAAAACAAACACUCAAAUGCAUUAAAAUCACUUAUGUUCUCCACAUCGACUUUCAGUACCUACCGAAUCCCAAUAUGUCAGUUCUCUUAUUUUUCUCACAGCACAUUCACUUCCAGAUGUUUGGGGUUAUGUUCACUCUGUAAGGUUUACGUAAGCAUGUGAUAAUGUAACUCAGAGAUGUUCCCGCACAAGCACAGAGCAGGCUUUUUAAUGUAAUUACAGCCGUAAGUGGCCGUUCGGAGUUCAAGCCCUUUCUCGGCCAACAGAAGGAAACAGCUCAGUUGCCAAAAUCAAAGUUGCAACCAGCAGCAAGCAGGUUUCAGGCUUCACAAAGUGGAACAAAGUCACUUUGACGAUUCAAUUCUGUAUGAAAAAGGAGUGAGACCAAUCACAAGCUUGUAUUUAUCAUCACAAUGUAUGCAAUAUUUCAGCAAUUAUACACUUAAAGUUCUGCCUUUUGCUCUGCCUUUAUCGGAUGUGAACGAAACUUGGUGUGUAUGUUCAGGAUGUAGUGCAGGAUGUCUCCACUGAGUUUAAUCAGGAUUGCUUGAAGACAACAUGAGUUCUGACCUAUUUCCUGCUAAGCCCCGCCCUUUGUGAAGAGUUUUUGAUUGAUAGCAACCAUUUUUUUGUCUUACCAAUCCUGCCUAUUUAUAAUAGACCUGUGUAGCUCUGUCCUGUAAUACUGUAUUUCAAAUUUGGUAUUGAGACAGUCAAAACCCAAAAAAGUAAAUGUCACAAAACUGUUUUUGACAUUAUGCACAUUAGCAAAAUAUCCAACAUGGUGGCCUUUAUUGUCAGAGAGGCUCUUUCUUUUGAGAACAUUGACAUGUGGCUGUGUUUCAGAUUUCAAGUUUGUGUCUCUAGCGCGUUCCAUCUCACAGCAAAUUGAGUAAAAAAGCAGAUAAUGUUUAUUAGUCCACGCCUACAUGCACCAAUAACUAUAACACUUCAGAUCGUGGUUAAUACUUGGCCUCAGAGUAUUUGUACCAGAUUUGGUGAAAUUCGGACCACCAGUUAUUGAGGUACAUGUUUCUGGCCUCUGUGGUGCCCUAUGUGUCAAACUCUAAAUAUUUUAACGAGCACAUUUCCAUCCACUAAAGAUAUUCACCAAGAUCAAUGAUGAUUUGACUAAUUGUUAAUGAGUUAUAUCCAAUUUCCUGCUAAAUUCUGCACUUGCAAAGAUCUUAUGAUUGGUGCAUCCUGUUUUAUUCUGGAUACAAAAUAGUAUGACACAAAACUACAGUGGUGCUAAUUUUAUUUUUAUUCCAGGAUGGUAAAAUUUAAGCAAUGUCACUAAUGGGUCGAGCAUUAAACUAACUGUUACACAGGAACAAAGUAAAAUAGAUAUCACCUCACAAUGAAAUUAACCCUCUUCAGCAACAGGUUCAGGCAUUAAUUAACCUUUAAAUAUAGUUUCAGCACUCUCAGCUCAUCCUAUCAGACAUGUCAACACAUCACUUUCCCUUCAUUCAUGCCAUUGCAUGUUCACAUCUGGUACAUUUUCUGAAACUUAACGUUGCAGUCAUCAAAGUCCAAGCCAAGCGAAGCUGCACAAAUACUGUACUGUUUACCAGGACCAACACUCAUGUAACAGGUGGUUAUACUGUCUGGCUUAAAAUACAUUUAACGUCCACAUGAGGGGUAUGUCCAAGUUUCUGUCCUUGCUCUUGCAAAAAGUCCACUGAAGGAUCCACUUAUGUUGGCUACAUGUGUGACCUGUUCACUAUUUCUCUACUGCUUCCUACAGGCUCUGCUAAACAUUUUAGUGUUCAGAGUCCUCCUUUAUUUUUGGCCUCAGGGUGGUGCUAGGGAAAGGUAAUAAAGUAUUUUAUAUCA